AAAACAUACUUUUUUUUUCCUGUGCCACUAUUUGUCGCGUCAUAAUUGGCCAAGUGAAGUGACGCACGAAUUGAUAAGAUUGAAGUGUUGAACCUUUUUUUGUGCUUUUUCUUUUUCUUUUUAACGCGUAUUAUGGCUACUUUAGAUAACGAUAUUUGGUUUACUGGUCCUGUGAGUGAUGCUAUUGCACUUGUAUCUCAAAAGAAUUGUACAUUUCUUGUAUAUAUUCAUGAUGAUUCCGAAAAGACAGACACAUUGAACAAAGUUUUUCAAGAGGAAAAGGUAAUAAAGACAAUUAAAGAAGAUACUGUUGCUCUUGCUAUGCAAAAGGACUCAGAAAAUGCUAAAAUGUUUGGUCAAUAUUACCCAAUUCAAGCAGUCCCUAUUUUGUAUUUUAUCAGACAAGGCACAAUACGAGAUUUUGGUAUUGAGACAAUAACAAGUCAAGAAAUCAUUGACAAGAUUAAUGCAACAAACACGAUUCAAACGAGUUCUGUUCCUCUUACUGAAACUAGUACUACCUCUGCACCACCACCUCAACAAGCACCAACGCAGGUUUCUACAGAACCAUCAUCAACUGUUUCAGAAGAACAAGCCGAAGCAAAGAAAGCUGAAAUGCAAAAGCAGCUGGAAAAAAUACGCAAAGAGCGUGCUGAACGCGAACAAAGAGAAGCAAAAGAACGAGAAAUAAAGCGUCGCCAGGAAUCAAAAGCAAUGCAAGAAGCUCAACAAAGCCAAACUGACAAGCAAAACAAGGUUUAUUUCGACAAAAUAAAAAAGGAACGUCAGGAAGAUGAAGCACACAGAAAGAGAGUUCGUGAACAAAUUGCAAGAGAUCGCGCUGAAAAGAUUGCACAAAGAACUGCUGAGAAGCAACGUUUGCAAGCAAGAGAAAUAGCCAGCAGUAACAAUAGUGGUGGCAAUAUCAACAAUGUGAAUAAUCAUGAAUUUAGCAACUUAAGUAUUCGGCAAUUGGAUGGAUCAAACAUUCGCCAUCAGUUCAAAGCUACAGAUACAAUGUCUACUGUCCGAGAAUGGAUUCAGCAAAAUCGCACAGAUGAUACUGGAAAGCCGUAUAAACUCUCGUCACAAUUCCCAACUCGCUUAUUCACAGAAUCAGACGAUAAUACAUCACUUACGAAUUUGAAUCUUUGUCCUAGUGCUACUAUGAUUAUGAAGCCUCUGAAAACAAGUCCUUCAUCUUCGUCUUCACUUGUGGACACAAGUUUGGCUGGCUAUGUGAUGUCUGCCUAUGACUUUGUAUAUGGAAUAUUGUUGAUGUUGUUUAAUAUGUCGACUGGAAUUCUAUCAUCCAUGUUUCCUACACAUGGUAUGCGUCCUCUUACAGCACCUUCUCAAAAUGUUCAACAGCCUAUCACUCGCCCUUUAAGAGGUGGACAAAGAUUAGGAGGAGAGGGACUUUCAAGUGGAGAAUCUUCGGCAAUGCAACAAAAUGAAACACUCAAACGCAGUAAUCCAUAUAAGACACGCAUAAAUACCCUUCGAGAUGAUGAUCAGGAAAACGAUGAUGAAAAGAGAGCUACUUACAAUGGAAACUCAGUUAAUCAUGAAUAAAGUAAUC